GAUGGCCUUGAACAAGAGUUCUUGCUUCUGUCUUCCAAGUGCUAGGACUACAGGUGUGUAACAUCCCCACCUGUGUUGUGCCUAGCAGGUAGCAGGAAUGAGUGCAGGGCUGUGUUCUUGAUGUGUCCACAGGCACCAUGGCACCUGUGAAGACGCAGCACCUCUUGGCGGGCCAGCCGUAUGCAGUGCCCCUUAUCCAGCCAGACCUGCGGCGAGAGGAGGCCAUCCAGCAAGUGGCAGAUGCCCUGCAGCACCUACAGAACAUCUCUGGAGACAUCUUUAGCAGGAUCUCCCAGCGAGUGGAGCUGAGUCGGCGCCAGCUGCAGGCCAUUAGGGAGAGGGUCUCCUUGGCCCAGGCUAAGAUAGAGAAGAUCAAGGGCAGCAAGAAGGCGAUCAAGGUCUUCUCUAGCGCCAAGUACCCAGCGCCAGAGCGUCUGCAGGAGUAUGGCUCCAUCUUUACCGGUGCCCUGGACCCUGCUCUGCAGAGAAGACCCCGUUACAGGAUCCAGAGCAAGCACCGCCCACUGGAUGAGCGGGCCCUGCAGGAGAAGCUGAAGUACUUCCCCGUGUGUGUGAGCACCAAGUCGGAGCCUGAGGAUGAAGCUGAGGAGGGACUUGGGGCUCUUCCUAGCAACAUUAGCUCCAUCAGCUCCCUACUGCUCUUCAACACCACAGAAAAUCUGUACAAGAAGUACGUUUUCCUGGACCCUCUGGCUGGCGCAGUCACAAAAACCCACACAAUGCUGGGCACAGAAGAGGAGAAGUUGUUCGAUGCCCCUCUGUCUAUCAGCAAAAGAGAGCAACUGGAGCAGCAGGCUCCAGAGAACUACUUCUAUGUGCCGGACCUGGGCCAGGUUCCUGAGAUCGAUGUGCCGUCCUACCUGCCCGACUUGCCUGGCGUCGCAGAUGACCUCAUGUACAGUGCGGACUUGGGCCCUGGCAUUGCCCCCUCCGCCCCUGGUGCCAUUCCAGAACUGCCCACCUUCCACACAGAGGUGGCUGAGCCUUUCCAGCCAGAACUAGAGGAUGGAGUGCUGCUGGCAGCACCUCCGCCACCUCCGCCACCACCACCACCACCGCCACCUCCCCCAGCUCCCACAGUGUUGGUCAGUACCUCCCAGCCAACGUUACCUGAGGCAGCAACUGCAAGUGGCCAGGUUGCCAGGGAAGAAGAUGGUGGCAGCAGUACAGCCCACUCAGCCUCGGUUCAGGGGGCUCCGAAGGAGGUAGUUGACCCCUCCAGUGGCCGGGCUACUCUGCUCGAGUCCAUCCGCCAAGCUGGGGGCAUCGGCAAGGCCAAGCUACGCAGUGUCAAGGAGCGCAAGCUGGAGAAGAAGAAACAGAAGGAGCAGGAGCAAGUGAGAGCCACUAGCCAAGGUGGGGACUUGAUGUCAGAUCUCUUCAACAAGCUCGUCAUGAGACGCAAAGGUAUCUCUGGAAAAGGCCCUGGAACUAGUGAGGGUCCUGGUGGAGCCUUCACCCGAAUGUCAGACUCCAUCCCACCUCUGCCACCCCCACAGCAACCAGCAGGAGAUGAGGAUGAGGACGACUGGGAAUCCUAAGAGUGCUUUGGCCCUUUUCCCACACUGGGCAGGAACAGCUGGGAAGGAGGGGCUCCUUCGCCAGUUGGGGCCUUUCAGGUCCUGUUGCCCAGGAAGAUCCCGGGGUG